AAGAGAGAAUCGACGAGCACCAGAGGAUAACAUUAGCAAGGCGAUAGAUAAGAAGAGGAACAGCGAAGAAAAGAAGCAGGCGAAGCGACUGUCGCGAGGACCUCAUCCGCCAUGACGCUCUCCCUCUCCACCUCCUUCCUCCCCACCCCCGCCGCCGCGACCGCGAGGGCCACCACAGCCCGCACCCUACGCUCCGUCGUCCCCUCCCAGGGGAUGCGGUGCUCGAUGCGCAAGAAGGGGCUGCACCCGGAGAUCUACGAGGACGCGAAGGUGUACUGCAACGGGGAGCUGGUGCUGGUGACGGGGGGAACCAAGCCGGAGUACACGGUGGACGUGUGGUCCGGGAACCACCCCUACUACGUCGGCGACACCUCGGCGCUGGUGGUGAUGGACAGCCAGAUCGAGAAGUUCCGCAAGAAGUGGGGGCACGUCAAGGAGUACUGGCCCGAGGACCAGUGGAGGGAGAUGCACCCCGACGGCGACCCGGAGUUCGAGCCCGAGGGGGACAACUGAAAUGGCUCCCGUCUUCUUCCUCAUCAAUCACCGUACCGGUGCUGUUUCUCUCUGUGUCCUCUUGAGUCUGAAUGGAAUUGAGACUUUUGGUCUGUUUGCAGUGCUCUCUAGGUGUUCGGUUAAUGCUCGGAAUGGAAAUACGCCAUUAUUACGACUUCAUUACGAGAUGCUCGUACUAGUGUAGUGUAAUA